CUCCUUCGAUCGUCGGUGUUCGAGUUUAGUGCAGGGUUGUCUGGGUUUGCAAACACUGCAGUUUUGUCGACAGUGGGAACAGGUGCAUUCGAUCGACGGUCAGUGGAGCAGACGGGUGCAUAUCAUACUCAGACAGAAGAUAAUAGGUUGUUAUAGUUGCAAAAUUGUAUAUUUCACCGAUAACAAUCGUAAUCUCUUCCACAAGAAACCUCAGAAGGGCAGCUGAAGACAACAUGGAUACUCGUGUUGGAAUUCUCGGUGUUGCCUUGCUGCUUAUUGGCAACCUUUUUCUGACAGUAAACGCUCAGAACACAACUUACUGCGACUCUGGGACCAAACAGUGUGGUUGGGAAUCGUGGAACGAGUGGUCCGCGUGCAGCCGCACGUGUGGCACAGGCACGAGGAGCAGACAACGUGGCCUUUGCUGUACAGUUAAACAGACGUUUGGCGAGUGUUUAACAGAAUGCAAAAUUCCUGACGAUUCAUAUCAAGAGGAGGCAUGUACUUAUGUUUGUCCGGCCGGCAAUUGUACGUUUGAGGAGUUUCCGUCGACCGCCAUUGAAGCCUCCGACCACACUCACCUAUACGGAGCCGAUCACAAAAUAGUUAAUUCCGACCUAUUCCUUCGUACUCCAACAGAAAGGUUCUGCGAAGUGUCUUGUGAGAAUGCGGUUUUUAAUACCGGGUUGUUCUGUUGGGCAUACAGUUUCGGCAAGACUACGGGCUGCUUUUUGCACUUCUUUAACAAACCCCUCACAAUCGCAAACCCCGAAAAAAAGGGACAGUCUCCUGAUGAAACACUCUACAUAAGAUCAUGCGCAGAAAGUGUGCAGUGCCGCGCAACGAAGGCGGACAUCGUGUUUGUGGUGGACUCCUCAGGAAGUAUUGGCAGCGCCAACUUUGACAAGCUGCGCUUUUUCCUACAGGGCAUGGUCAACAGCCUAGAUAUUGACCCCGACCUCACACGCGUCGGACUCAUGCUCUUUAACGACAAGCCCCAGUGGCAGUUCAAGCUCGGAGACCCUCUAGUUAACAACAAGGCAGCAAUGCUCAAGAAAAUUCAGAGGAUGCAAUAUAUUGUUGGCGGAACGAUGACGGCGGACGCCCUGGAGAAGGUUCGCCUGGAGGGCUUCACUUCCAACCGGACUGGUGUGCCCAUGAUCGUCGUCGUUGUAACAGACGGUCUGUCCCGCUACCCGUCCCUUACCAGGUUCCAGGCCAGUCUUUUACGGAGGGAAGGCGUCGACGUAUACGCAGUCGGUGUUGGGAAUUAUGCCAACCAUGAAGAGAUUUACAACAUAGCCAGUGCUCCAGAAGAAAGCCACAUGUUUGAAUUUGAAACGUUCGAUGAUCUUGACCCAACCAAUAUCACACUUGGUGUCGCGUAUGAUGACUGCAAAGAGAAAGUGUCGACAACGCCGACCACGUCCACGGUGACGACAACGAGCAGCUGUUUCGACAAAAUCACUAACUGCGACACAUAUGGAAAGGACGCCUGCACUGAUUACGCACCGUGGGCCCACGCCAAUUGCAAAGCUUACUGUGGAUUUUGCCAUAGGCCUUCCACGACGCCCCGGCCCUGCGUGGACAACAUCCCGAACUGUGGGGAUUAUGGCCAGUUCUACUGCGAGUCACGAGAAUACGUGGGGUGGGUGGACACAAACUGCCGGAAGUUCUGCGGCAUCUGCAUAUCAAACGACACGACGGCUGCACCAGCAACGACUGUAGCUACUACAACCCCGUUCCCUGUUUGCGAGGACAAGGUAGAAAACUGCGACUCUUACGCGUCCUCGUGUCAAGACCCGCAGUUCGAGGCAUACCUGCGUAACAACUGCGCCGCUUCCUGCGCCUUCUGUCAGUCGCACAAGACCGUCAACGGCACCACUCUGCCCAACGGUGACCAAUGUGAUGACUGGUACAUCCCGGUAGAGUGCACAAUGGUUAGUGUGGGCUCGGACUGCUGCCCGCUACCACAGUGUCCCGACGGAUACAUUUACACAGCAGAGAAAAACAUCGCCGCUUAAACACCCGUCAACUCAAGCUGAAAGAGGGUGUGAGCAAAAGUGCUUCCUUUGUUAUUUGCCAAAGUUUGAUAUAUAUUUCAAUUUUCGUGACAUUUAAUUAAAAUUGAAAUAUAGUGUGUGUAUAUAUAAAAGAGGUUGUGCAUUUUUAUAUUUUUAUAACUUUUAGUUUCUCUUCUGAUGUAUAUACAAUCGUGUGAUAGCUGUGAUAAGUGAGUUGUAGAACUUGUAAUAAACUUUAAGUCCGA